CUCGAGGCCUGUCUCCCUUGCUCCCGCUCAAUACAAUCGCUUGAAAUUUUCUCAUACCAUCUCCGCCUUUGACCUCGAACUCGAGGUCAAAAUGGCGACGGCGGGGGCCGGAGGUGGCCAUACCGAUGGACCGUGCACGUCCUUUUUCGACACCCUCUUUCAAGAGUCGAGUGUUGAGCUAGAAAAGGCAGAACCUUUCGCGAAAUCGCGAGAAGAGAUCGCCUCCAUUGCUGUUGUUGGCGGUGGUGACCCUGGCGACCUCGGGUUGCUUCCCCAUUUGGUUUCGUCCCCAAAAUUAGCCAUCGGCAAUGGCGAAAUUGAUGCCGGGCUGCACCAGCGUUCUUGCCUGCCCCCGCCCGAACCCCAUUUGGCACUGGCCGCGCCAGUGGAGAAGAUCAAAGAGGAAGAGGGAGAUGAGGAGGUGGCGAUCAUUGCUGAUCCCAGAGACGCUGCCGCCGGUGCAGUGGCGGACGAAGUGGUGAGACCGAUGCAUGGGCUGGGGGAGACAGGGCCGGCGCCCUUCCUGAAGAAGACGUACGAGAUGGUGUCGGACCCGAGUACGGACACGGUGGUGUCGUGGAGUUCGAGCGGGGGCAGAUUCGUGGUGUGGGACGCGCACGAGUUCUCGAAGCAGGUCCUGCCUCGAUACUUCAAGCACUCCAACUUCUCCAGCUUCAUCAGGCAGCUCAACACUUACGGUUUUAGGAAGAUGGAUCCAGAUCGAUGGGAGUUUGCGAACCGAGGUUUUCAGGAAGGGAAGAAACACUUGCUGAAGAACAUAAGGAGGAGACGCGCACCCAGCAAUCAUAUGAAAACAUCGAGUAGUACUGUUGCUUCGGAUUAUUGGGAGGCUGGAAAGGAGGCUGAACUUGAAAUGCUUAAGAAAAACCAGGAAGCGUUGAAGGCCGAGAUCCUGAAACUAAGAGAAGAGCGGGAGCACUCGCAGCAUGAGCUCAAUCAGGUCACCGAGUGGAUUCGCUAUGCCGAGAGCAGGUAUCAGCGUAUGUUCCUCUUCCUCUCCAAAGCAGCCAAAAGCCCGAACUUCGCCCAGCAUGUAAACCAAGAGAGGAGGCAGAAGAGAGAAUCAGAGGCUUGUGAAUCGAGCAAGAAGAGCAAAUUGCUUGGUCCCGAUGACAAGGCCACCAAAUGCUUGCUCGAAGUAGCGGAUCACAAGAUUCAAAACCCGAAUUUUGAGUGCCUGAGGAUCGGUGAUGAUUCGGCACAGAUGGAGUCUCGGUCGAACAAUGUUUUACCGGUGGAUGUUGAGACCGUUCAGAUGCACACCCCGUGGCCUCCUCCGAUGGGUGGUGCAGAUUUCAGGGUUAUGCAGGGUCAGACACCCGAUCAGAUGGCCGGAGCUAGUCCGUCAGAUUUGCCUUUCGUUUUCCAUGAGAAGUCGGAGAAGCUCCUCGGAGAAAACAUGGUCGUGGGCGAUGAGGCGAUGGAUGACCCGGGAUUCUAUCUUGAGCUGGAGGGUCUAAUUGAGAAGUCGUGUGGUUGGAGUGAGUACACAAGUGGGCUGGGGAGCAAGCGGCGGGACUGAUGCCCUAAAAUUUCCAUGCUGCUCCUGCUCUGUUCUUUCUGUUAUAUGCUACUGCUAUCUUUCGUGACCCAGGUCACGGAAUGCAGCCUUUGCAUGGUCGGAGGGAGUAUCUGAAGUGAAGUGACUGAAUCCAACCAAUGGACUUAUGUGUCCAUGGUAAAUGCCCAUACUUGGUAUAUUUGUUGUGGUUUCUUCCUUUGUCUCCAUUGCAACAAAAUGCUCUCUGGGUUCUUUUAUCUUAGUUUGCACUAGGCUUUUUUUUCGGUUUCUCUUUUUGUAACCAUGAUCGGCAUGAUGAGGAUCCGAUGUGGAAAUACAUCAUAAAUGGGUCUCAUAAAUAA